GUUAUAAUUAGACUGUGUUUGGCAACAUUAGCAGCUCUCACUCUACCUUCAUGUUGGUCUACACCAUAGGCUGCCUCAUCAAACCAGCCAAUAUCAUUGAUAGCCUGACGUGAAUCCUGUAAGGAAGACUAGCGAAACUUAUAUUUUCUGCUGAAGGGUAUUUCUCAAGCAGCCACAGCAAGAUCUGGAAGGAAGAUGGUAUAGACAGAAAAGAGAGAGGAUAUAUUGCAGAAAACGAACUUCAGAUCAACGUUAAAAUUGAGGAAGCAUAAAAUCACAAAUCACAGAAUUUCAUUGAUCAUUCACAGAAUCCAAUCUAUUGAGUAAUCCAGUAAUCGUAAUCUUCCUUACAUAUAGGUUAAUAUUGGAUAUCAAAGCAUAGCAAAGGCUCAGAUUUGUGUGUGUGUAUAUCACUGCUCAUUGAGAAGGGACUGGAGGAAACAGAGUAUAUUUCCUCAUAGAUAUUUGGCUUUAUAAUCAAAAGGAUAAAUAAAUUAUAGAUCAUAUCUUCAAGAGGACUCACUGAUUCAGCAAAAUGAACACCCAGCCACAGAAAACAGAGCCUGACCCAGAUGCCAUCAAAAUGUUUGUUGGACAGAUUCCCCGAUCUAUGGAUGAGAAUGAUUUGCGACAAAUGUUUGAGGAAUAUGGUUCCAUAUAUCAGCUGAAUGUUCUCAGAGACAAAUUAUCUGGUCAAAGUAAAGGCUGCUGUUUUGUGACGUUUUAUGAAAGAAAAUCUGCGUUAGAAGCUCAAAAUGCACUACACAAUAUCAAGACAUUGCCAGGGAUGCAGCACCCAAUACAGAUGAAACCCGCAGAUAGUGAGAAGAAAAAUGAAGAAAGAAAAUUAUUUAUAGGAAUGUUAUCUAAAAAGUGUACAGAAAAUGACGUCCGUAUGAUGUUUGCUCCAUUUGGUAGCAUAGAGGAAUGUACAGUAUUACGUGAACAGAACAGUCAAAGCAGAGGCUGUGCCUUUGUAACAUAUUCAAGUCGGCAGUGUGCCCAGAAUGCUAUAAAAGCCAUGCACCAUUCACAAACUAUGGAAGGGUGCCGAGCGCCAUUAGUAGUAAAAUUCGCAGAUACCCAAAAAGAAAAAGAUUUUAAAAAGGUUCAACAAAUGAAUGCAAGCAUCAUAAACACUGCUGGGUUAGCAGGCUUAGCAGGGGGUGGGGGAGUUAGUCCACAAUAUCUAGCAUUACUUCAACAAGCAGCUUCGGGUGGAAAUGUCAAUGCAUUCGGUAACCUUGCCAACCAACCAGGAAUUAAUGCCCUUGCCCUCCAGCAGCUUAUCACAGCAGCAGCUGCCUCUGUAGCAGCUGGCAGCAACCCAGGUAUCGCAGCUGCACUAGGAAAUCUACUCGGCCUGAGUAACACAAACAGCUCUAAUGGCGGGAAUGGCACGGCGGCGCCACCUACUAGUAAUGGUUCAGGUGACGUAGCGAGCUUACAAAAUCUCCAGAACUUACAGAAUCUUGCGGCCUUAGCGAAUAUCACAAACACUCCCGGUAGUGCCCCCUAUAGCCCAGGUGGCCAGAGUUUAGUAAGUGUUCCAAGUCUCCCUUCCCAGUUUGCUGUUGCUGCUGCUAGUCCUACAACUGCUGCUGCCAUGCCAACAUCAGGUAGCAUGGCAGGUACGAAUACCACGAACAGUACAUUCAAUGGUCUUGCCCAAUUAAAUGGUAACAGCAGUCUCACAGGCAUGAAUGGUAUAGGGGGCGCCACCACAUCUCAAACGGGGAUGGAGGCUCUAUAUUCGGGAAUUCAGCAAUACGCAGCAUUCACUAACCAAGCAGCCGCAGCACAGUUUCAACAAGCUAAUGCUACAGACACUCCUGCUGGAAAACAAACGGAAGGUCCAGAGGGUGCAAAUCUUUUCAUCUACCACCUCCCCCAAGAAUUCAGUGACCAUGACCUGAUGCAAACCUUCCUGCCCUUCGGCAAUGUGAUCUCUUCUAAAGUCUUCAUUGACAAACAGACAAAUCUCAGCAAAUGUUUUGGUUUUGCCAGUUAUGAUAACCCAAUGUCUGCCCAGGCAGCUAUCCAGGCCAUGAAUGGCUUCCAGAUUGGUAUGAAGAGACUCAAAGAGGGUUCUAAAAGAUACACGUGGCGUAGCGUACCAGUUUGUCACCCAUGUUACCGUGGUUACGUGCUGUCUUCGCUCUACAUGUCCAGCUCCAUCUCUCCGCAUCACUCGCUGGUUGUCCUGUCGUAAGUGUAUUCACGACUUCUCGUCCAUUAUACCCUCCCUUGCGUGACACCGUAGCAUAUUUUUAUGACGUUUUACCCUCGGGUUUUUAUAUAAAAAGAGGGUUGUACAAAAACUGGUUGUUUGUUACUAUAUAUACACGUGUCUAUUAGAGUGUUCACAACAUAGAGAUACGGUGUCACGACGUGGGAUGCUAGGUGGACAUAUAACACAUUAGCUUCAAAAGCAAAAUCAACUUAUGUUAUCCAACACAACACUUGACAUUGAGAUAAAGGAGAGAAAGCUACAAUGUAUCACUGAUGGAUAGUAUCCUACCUUCUCACUUGUAUAUUACAUGUUCGCCAUACUUGAAAAGUAUCAGUGUAUCCAGAAGGAGGCGUGGUGUCCCAAGAGGCCUAUAGGUGGCGGUUAUCUAACGGUUAUGAUACGCACGAGACAGCAGUUCUCAACAACAAUAUGUACUGUAUUAUAUUUCAUCACAGUAGUGAUAUUAUACUAAAUUAUUUUGGUUUCUGUUGUAAAAUAUGGUAGUGUGCUGUGAAGUUACAUUUUAACGCAAAAUUAUGUUUUUCGUUUGUUUUUUAUUAUUAUGACUUAGUGUUAAUUUUUGGCCUAUAUAUGUACGGUCAGUAUAUAGCAGAUGUUUUAUUUUGGGUUUAUCUAUGUUUCUCAUUGAGGCAAAUGAGGUGAUCUUGAGGCAAAUGAGGUGAUCUUGAGGCAACUUGGGUGAUCUUGAGGUUUGUAAUACAUAUUAUAUCAGAAAUAAAUCUUGAAUCAGCCACAUUAUAAAUUGGCUGCUGCUCUUGAUCUGUGCUAAAAUACAGUGUAAUUAGGCUACAUUUUUUAAGAUGUCACCCCUAGCGCCCUCUAAUAUCAGGGGCCCAACUAGUGAUUUGAACUUUAUACAGGGGGGGGGGGUCAUAUUGUAUAAGAGACUCUUGGAAUUCUUGUGAAUCCCUCUCUCCUGACAAAGCUAUGGUUACAUCUUAAUAGUGUUUUAACACUGCCAAACAUCACUCAUGUUCUGCUAUGAAAAAAUAGCUAAAUGAGACAUGAGUUUUGUGUUGGUUUCAAAUGUAAGCUAUUUGAAAUACUCCUUCGCUACAGCAAUUGGGUGUCAAGGUGUU